AUGGCUGACAAUAUGGAGGAGCCUGAUAUCAGUGAUAUGCAAAUGAACAACGAAAUGGACGUAGAUGAAGUGCCAUUAAGAAGACGAUACAAAGAGAAAUCGAAGGCUAAGGAUCCAAGAUAUAGACGAAGGUUUGACCUUCGUAACGCAAAAAGCCUCCAGACAAAGAUUCAAGAUUGGUAUGAAUUGACCAAGUGUCCAACAGUGGCAUUAACAUGGUUAAAUGGGGAGAUAUAUUAUUCAGGGCCUCGUGAGUUAAGGGAAUUUGCUGAAAACCCUGCUGUGAAACAGGCAUUUGUUGCAGCCAUAUUUGCUUCCCACUCAGUUGGACCAAACAGUUCUUCAACAGAAAAUUAUGAACAUAUGAAUGUGAAAGUCAAGAUACCAAAAGACUGGAAACAAUUGAAUGCUCAUGGAAAAAGAAAGCUAGUAAUUUCCCUAGUUACCAAUAAUGGAACCAAACAACCACAUUGGGGUGAUGAGGAUCACAAACCAGAAUGGUGGCCAUCAAGUUUAUUGUUUCGUGAUCCAAGCAAUGGCAGAAACAGGCCUACCGUGGAUAUGUUGGAGAGGAUCAUUGCUGCACAUAUUGGCAAGCACAAUGCAUUUGUUGAUGAUGAUAGUGAUGAUGGUGAUGACAAUGAUGGUGAUGAUGUUGAUGGGUAUAAUUUAGGUGGUGAUGUAAAUAUAGAUGGUGGUGAAGAUCUGAGUGAUGAUGCUAGAGAUUUGGGUAGAGAUGAUGCAAACUGGGGACAUGGUGGUGAAAAUGAAGAUGGUGAUGAUGAUGGUGUAAAUAUGGAUAGGAAUGGUAAAAAUUUAGCAGGUGAUGCUAGAAAUUUGGGUAGGGAUGAGAGUGAUGAUGCUGGUAAUAAGGUUGGUGAUGAACAGGAUUUGAGUCAUGAUGAAGAGGGUAGUUCUGAUGCGGAAAUUGUUGCUAUUGUCCCACAACCUGUUUCCCAUAAUUCCACUCGGCUACGAAAAAGCCAGGACUACAGACAAAGUAUGAGUGAUCAUGGUCAGAAAGAGCAUUUGCUGCAUUAG